AACGACCCUAUAUUACGGCAAUAGAGUGCGUCAAUGUGACUUCUUUGACAUCACACACCAAAUAUCCUGUGUUGCGUGAGCUACCUGAGGUGUGGAGGUAUCCAUCUGAUUUGUAGAGAUGUGAUUUUAGGGCUUUUUCUAACACUCGCUGUCCUCGAUUUCUUUGGCCUUUAUUUGUGGCGAACGUUUUUGCGGUAUGAAAACGAGCACACGCAGAUGGCUCACACACCUCACUUCCUGAUACCGCGCGACUACGCUCCGGAACCGAUUUUCAUGUGCGGCGUCAGCUACUUCGUGGUGUUGUUAUGGCGAAACCACCGAAGAUCAGUUAUAACCUGCUCCAUUAUAUUAACAUCAACAUCCUUGUUUGUCAUUCACAUCUUUUGCCCUCAGAAAUUCUAGAGGCUACGUAGGAGAGGACGAGCAGGCAUGCCAAAAGGGGCAACAUAAGGUCCAUCUAAUCCUCGCAAUCUUUAUGGCGGAAUUGAUGCUACGAUUUCCGCUACUCAGUCUCAUGUCCUCUGUACGGGAUGCAGUCGGCUGGAUUGUGGGCGAUCAGCAUGGAGAAAAAGUAGCCAGCCACGAAAUCAAGGACGAGAAGGAGGAGUGGACUGAUCAUGAUGAGGAGGAGGAAGCGGAACUAGAUGAGGAAGAUCUAUACGAUGAUGGAAGGUUAAGGCUCAAUUUCAUCAUCAUGCAUGGUGUCCCAUUUAGAAGUACUUUCUAUAGAUCGCACAUCUAUGUCCUUCCUUUUUAGAUCCUCUCCUUCUUCAUUUCCAGGGAUUGCUUAGAGUUCACAAAUUUUUGCUAAGUUCACAACCUCUGAGAAGUACAUGGCUCCGGAAUAUGAACUCCUAAGACACUCUCUAAGGAGGAUAGAUGAUAAUCGCUCUACACGCGCUACGGCGCACGGAGCCAGCGCAGAUCCGACUGCGCAAACAUUGCACUUCUUAACCCGAGAAACAAAGAAGGCGAUUGUUGUUAUGGAUGUCCCCCCUUGGCCCUGGUUCUUGUUGUAGUCAUGAUCGGGAUUGACUCAUGAUCGAGAUUGACUCAUGAUCGGGAUAUGAUCCGACGUCGACACUUCACUCCACUUUAGUCUCCUGAAGGUAAGACUGUUCCCUAUCAGAAAAAAAAACAAAGGAAAAAAAAAACUACAGAAACUCUCUUCUAAGUCACAUGAAGUCGAUACGGCCCACAAGGCUUUGGCGAAAGCCUACGAUGCUAGGGAACAUGCCGACGAUGACACUGAUGACAGUUAUGAUUAUUUACAACUUAACAACACAAGAGUGGUUUUCUUCCUUUCUUUCUUUCCUACCUCGUUAUAACAAGAGUGGUUUUCUUCCUUUCUGUAUGAUCAUGAUUCCCAUCAUCAUUUCCUUCGCAUCACCGUAGGUUCAGUCAUAGAUACUACACCUAUCUUCAUUAUCAGCAGAUGCAACACCCAUAUUAAGCAGUUCUACUGUAAAAACAAACGCAAUUUGUAGUUUCUAACACUCCGAAAAAGACGAGCAUCAAUCCGAUCGCGAUGGUCCUAGGUCAUCGAUGCAGAUGCUAGGAGCACCAUCUUCUGGUUCUAUGCGUGAGCGUAGAAAAGAAAAGCGGGAGAAGAUUGCCAAGACUUUAGAGAAGGAGUUCGAACAGAUGCAAUUGGGCCUGAUAGGUGGCAUCCAUAAAAGUCGGAGCGGGCAGCAGGCGUUUUAUUAAGGCUUGUCGGAUAAUGGCCACACAUGACAAGUGGCAGGAUCAAGAGCUCUGGUGGUGGUGCAAGAAAUCUCUCUCUCUUAUCGACAGAAAAUGGGUAUUUUGCUUGCUGGUCGAUUUGCAAGCAGUUAUUAACGAAUGAGAUGUUUUCACACUUCAUUGUACUCCUCCAGCUUACCUCCAGCUUACACGACCAUCUCUAAUUCUCUGCCGUCGAAAACCUUCGAGAUAACGGGUCCGUGGCUUCGUCAGGGUCAGACUGUUUUUCGUCGGAGCACGAUUCCAACUCCCUAGCAGGAAUGUCAUUGAACGAUUCGUUACCAUCUGUAUGGCAGUGUGCGUGAAAGGUAUCCCAGCAGGAAACCGGAACUUCUCUAGCUCCACAAGGAUCAAACAUCGCGGUAUCUUCACGAAGAUCAUUCAGAUUAGAAAACCAAAGAUAUAUGUAAAAUCUUCACAAAAAUCAUCUUCUGAAUAUAUGUAAAACAUUUACUUCUACUUCUUGCCAGCUCUCGCUGCUCUAACCUCUCUAGACGACGUCAAUUCCUUGCCGGACCAGGAUAAAGCGCCACCCAAGCAGAUAGGCUUUCGUGCUGGAAAAGAAGCGUCUAAGAAUACCUCAGCAGGGCUUCCAGCGACGAGUCCAACGGCGAAAAAUAGCAUGGGAGGCGGUGGAGGUUCUUCGUCGAGUACUGCAGCGCAUCCACAGAGCCCAGGGGAAAGGAUAUCUCAACCAUUAAGGCGAGUUUAUCCUUCAAAAAUCUAAGACAAGGAGCAAGUACAACGGGUAAGGCCUUAGAGUCUUACUUUUGUUUAACGGUUCGAAAAAGGUUGGCUUCACAGGUAUAUUCCUAUCGUAUAUACCCAGAGUUUUCGGGUGUGAGCACUACUAGUUAAUUAUGUCAGUUGUCGCAUUUGCAGUUGUUCCAUUUUUCCCUGUACAACUUCCUUUUCCAGUAAAUUAAAAAGAGCAGAAAUCUAAAACAAGGAGCAAGUACGGGUAAGGUGAGCAAGCAGCCUCCACUCUUUUACCGUGAACCUGGUCGAUCAAGGGCAAAGUCGGCUGGCGAUGAAGCAAGUUUGCUUGGCGAUGAAGCAGGUCCAACAACACUCAGUGGGACAACAGCGAGGAGUGCUCACACUACGCCCAAGGGACCAGGACGCACUGUAGGAUUCUUUCCGACGAAAAGAGGACCUCAUAUAAGUUCUGCGUCCUUCUCCGCCAGUCCAAGUAGCGCCUCAGAGGAAUCGAUAAGUGAUCAUAUUUUAAGGGAAAGAAAGUGAGUACAAUUAUAUCUUAUAGCGAGAUUACGGACGAGAUAGCGAGAUUUAUUUAUUAUAAUUUGUAAAUUCAACGAUAUGUUGGACGGGAACGAGAAGCUCACCUACAUUUUUUUCGUAGGUGAAGAUAUAGACUCUAACUCUAGGUCGACCUGUGAGUCCAGAGAGUAGGAAACAGCCAGUGGUGAACCAGUUCCAGUUUCGUCCGAGUGGACUGCUGGAUGCUGUGCCUCCACCUUCAGAACUUCUAGACGGACCUUUUUUACCUGCGGCUGGUGCUAAAGUACUAGGUAGUGGGCCCGCUGCUAUAGUAACAGCAGCAGGGGAAAAACCAGCAUCUUCAUCUACAACUACGGCCGGAGAAAAAAUAGAGACCUCUGCUUCUCAAGGAGCUCCUGCUAGUGCAAAAAUGGACACUUCUACUCCUAGUGUGGGUACUGAGAAGCCACAAACUCCAGCAGCAGGAGGAAAGAUCAACAUAGGAUUUGGAGCUAAAAAAGUACCUCAAAAAGGAACUAGUAUAGGAACUAGUAGUAUGCCAGGAAGUAGUGGUAGUCGUGGUGGUACAGCUGGAGCAAGCAGUAGUGGUACUGCGCCAGCACCUGGAGCAAGCAGCAGUAGCGCAAGUGGAGCAAGCAGUAGUGCUAGCAGUAGCAGUAUUGGAUAUAGGGCAACCACGACUUCACAAACUACAAGCAGUAGUGAGCUGCCAAACUUCGCGACACCUGAGAAUAGCGCAGCUUCUCCAGCUCUGCAACGCAUCGCGCGUAACGCACGGCGCUCACCACCUGCAAAAACAGUAAGUAGCCCGUCGCGCGUUCGCAUGUUCGAACAACAACAUGAUAACAAGGAGAAAGUGAAUGAUGAGGAAUUUUUCGCUAGCCGUGUCGAGAACAGUCAAACUCCAACAGGAGAAGGCAAGCUGUGGGCACAGCGUGUAGAAAAUAAAUGGGAAGUGGAGUCGGACUCCGAAUGA